AUGAUUCCACAAUCUUCAAAGGCACGCAAAAAGCGAUUCUUAGAAGAACCUUCUGACUGCAAUGCGUCAAAAGAUCUAGUUCAUGCAGCACUGCACUCAAAACCAGGAGGCUCUGAUAUAUUGAAGGAGUACAAACAAACGAAGAGCCUGUCUGACAAGACUCGAAGGACGCUGGUAAACAUCCUUGUGGCUGAUAUGGUAGAGAAGUAUGGGAGGAUUCCACCAGUCAAUAUCCGUGUAAGCUAUGCUCUUGGAAUCAUUACUCUAUUCCCCAAUUUGAAGGAUAAGUGCUCACCGACUGGUUAUGAACAGUUCUACGAUCCACGCAGUGGCCAGGGUUACAUUGCCUACAGAUUGAAAACUGUUCAACACAACUCUGUAAAUAACUUGAAGGGGUCAUCAAAGGUGGUUUACCAAGAUGGUCCUAAGACUUUGCGUGAGACAUCUUCAACAACUGAGCAACUGUCAGGUGAUGAAUGCACAGAAGCUAUAUCCAUGAUGAAGCAUUCAACGGACGCACCAGUUAUUAAGGAUAAAAUGAGGACAACAUUCAAGUACAGGCAGAAUUUGAUACAUGAUCCAGACAAAUCUUCACUCAUCCUUGAUUACUUUCCCCGAUUUUUGGAUACACCAGGCUUGAUUGACCAAGACUUUACUAUGCUUUUUGGAGAUGACAUCUCAAGCAAGUUUAUUGCAAAAUGGCCAACAUACUACAAGCCAAGAAUAAUUGCUGACUGCAAAAACCUGCACACUGGUGCACAUGUGGAUGACCUUCUGUCUGCUCUGGAGGAGUCUGAUUAUGGAUGGGACCGUGAUGUGGCAGCUAUUCUCUUGCUCGUUCAUCUCUUGCCUCCAACUGUAAAAGGAAGGAAGACUGGGAAAAUCAGUGCAACUGAAGCAGCUGAUCAUGUUGUAAAGUUCAUAAAGGUGGGGACGAGCAUCAAGACAUUUCUUGAGCGAGUUGGAUCUACACAACCCUUCCUCCUCUGUGUUGGAGAAAAGAGGAGUAGCAUUCAGAAGUUUUACAUCAUCCUGGACCAGAAGGUCAUUCCCUGCAUGACGCAGACAGCUGUUGCAGCCUUUGAUUAACUCUUUAAGGUGCACUUUAUCUUUGGUGUGUCGUAUGUUGAGGCCUUGUGCAACUUCUACACGUUCAUUCAAACAACGGUGUAUGGCAUUGAUGUGGGCACUGCCAAGGAAAGUCCAAGGGUCAAGGAAAUCCGAGUGAGAAUUCAGAACACUGAGGUUUGACCCCUCCCACACCUCUCCCCCCAGCGUCUUGCUCAAAUGUUCUCAUGCUUCCUUUGCAAGGUACACCACAGACGUUGUUCAAGUUUAUUUCAGCAUCUGAAGUUUCAUCAUGGUUUGUACCCAGGGCGGUCAUUACAGUUGAAAUGUGGCGAACCUGGAUGUUCGUCUGUGUUUUAUACAUAUGGGUUCAAGAAGCAUAUUUUGUGAGUGCACACAGAUUGUGUAGCCUCUGGUACUGCUGAGAAUGUUGGCAGUAGUAUCAAUUUUCCUGUUUCUGAUACCCUAAGUGAGGAUCCUCCAGUCACUUUUCAGACUCCUGUUGAAAAUCGGCAACUAACGGACAUGUGUAGUGCUAUUGUUGCUCAAGUACAAGCAGCUGGAGUCUCUGAAAACACUGUUUAGUUGGUUCAAUGGAAGAACUUGUAAGUGAUGUUCAUGCUCAAGCAAGAGACACUGUUCUAAAAUGUCUUUCAUCAGAGGUACCUGGGCAAACCCUAGACAGAGUUAAAGACUGUUUUAACCAGCUAGAAAAUCCUUUCUCUUGCCUUAAUACUGAAACAAAGGGGCAGGUACACUUAGAGAAAAAAUUUAAAAUUGACAAGAUCCCACUCUUGCACCACUGUUUGGCCUUAAGAGAAGUUGUCCACUCAAUGCAUUCGUUUUUUUUCAUUCUUCAGAGAAUUAUUUGUCAUUAUUAUCAUCAGAUUGGAAUUAACUGCAAAUUGUAAAGUUUUUUUUAAAUGCAGUGAAAUGCUGUGUUUGAAUGUGAAUGUUAAAUGUGU